GACGCGCCCAAGCAGUGCCCGUCGCGGCCGGCCGGCCCCCUGCGCCCGGACCCCGGAGACCUCGCGUGCGCGCGGCUUGUCGACGACGAGACCGCGUUCGAGAGGCGCGAGUGGAGCCCCUGGACGUACCCGCCCGCGUGCGUGGGGCCCGAGGAGGCGGCGCAGCCCAAGCUGUGCGUGUUCACGUACCUCGGCCUGCGCGGCGAGUCGGGCAUCAGCAUCGUGACGACGCCCGAGGUCGCGGCCGCCGGGGUCGACGUCCUGCGGGACCGCGACCCGCUGUGGGCGGACUGGGCCCGCGGCGGCUCGCUGGCGGCCGCGCCGGGCCCGCCGCCGUACGAGGUCCGGGAGCUGGGGCGCAAGGGCCGAGGGGCGGUCGCGCGGCGCGCGCUCCGCCGCGGCGAGGUUGUCCUGGUCCAGCACCCGGUGCUGGUGCGGAUCAUGGACCACCGGCGGUGGGAGUACCGCGACACGAUGGCGCUGCUGCACCGCGCGGCUCUGCAGCUCCCCGCUGCUGAGAUCCGGCCGGUGAUGGACCUCGCUAGGUCCAAAGGCGGCUACGUCGUCGAUGACAUCAUUAACACCAAUGCUUUCGGCGUCCUCCUUGGCGGCCAGGACCAUUCCGCCUUGUAUCUCGACGUGUCGCGGCUCAACCACGCAUGUAAGCCAAACAUGUUCAGCCGGUUCUCGUCCGCGACGCUGGCCAUGGAGGUCGUCGCGUACCGCGACAUCGCGGCGGGCGAGGAGCUGACGUUUAGCUACACACCGCUCAACCUCCCAUCGGAGCCGCGACAGUCGCUACUGCGCGAGUGGGGCUUCAAUUGCACGUGCGCGCUGUGCGCGUCGGCGCGAGAGACAGCGGCGUCGGACCGCCGGCGGGCGAGGCUCCAGGUGCUGCUGGAGGAGCUGGACCAGCCGCGGGUGCGGACGCGCGCCGGGGUCGGUGCGCGGGUCGACGAGAUCCUAGCGCUCUGCGACCGCGAGGGGUUGGCGGCCCAGGUCGGCGACGUCUACGCGAUCGUGGCCGACGUCUACGCUGCCAUGGGGGACCUGCCUCUUGCCAGGCGCUACGGCGAGCGGGCGGUGGCCGAGCUCACACACUACGCGGGCCACGACCACGAGCGGACGCGGAACGCCGUCGCGUUUUUGGCCAAGCUGGGCGCGGAGGCGGGCGCCCAAGUCGACCGGGGGGGAAAGGGGAAGGUGAGCUGACUGGGCGCAUCAAGUGGCGCCCCGUCCCUCCAUCUCCUCACACACCCAUAGGUUUUUUGCCGGCCCGAGGUUUUACGCGCCCACUUGAGCAACUAUGGUGGAUAGAGGGCAGUUGGUGAAGACGGCAUAGGCACAGUAGCAUGUAUGUAGGU